GCUACUUCAGAUAUAUUCAUAAAGCACCCGACCAUUGAGGGUCUGUGGAAGAUGAAGGAUCGAUGACAUUUUGAUACUCUCGUCCGGGGAGAAGACAGUACCAGCUCCCAUGGAAAGCAUCAUCUGUGCCAGCCCCUACGUAACCAGUGCCGUCAUCUUUGGCCAUGGACGCAAUCAAGUUGGGGUCCUCAUAGAGCCACGAGCAGGGUGUGAAAUUGACAUUGAUGACGAAAAGCAACUUGCCGAGUUUAGGAACCGAGUGUGGCCGGACAUAGAAGAUGCGAAUAAGGAGGCUCCUGCCUUCAGCAGGAUCUUCCAAGAAAUGAUUCUUGUGACACACAGCGAGAAGCCCAUGCUUCGAGCUGGAAAAGGGACCGUCAUGAAAAAAGCAACCAUCAAGCUGUAUGAGGAGGAGAUCAAUUCCCUAUAUGAAAAGGUGGAGGGCAGCACUAGAGCAGGUAUCAAUGUACCAUUGCCUACAAGCUGGACUGCGGAAGAUGUUGAGGGAUGGCUCAAGGUCCAUGCAGCGGACCACGCUGCUGCUGUGAACGCCGACAAGGAAGUUGAUCCUGAUGCGGACCUUUUCACUCAGGGAUUUGACAGUAUCUCUGUGACAUUUCUCAAAAACUGCAUUAUCGGCUCUCUCAGCUCAUCUUCAGAUCGCGACCUUCAGGCAUCAGCAUUACGGAUUGACCAGAACAUCAUAUUUUCAAGUCCUUCGAUUUGCCAGCUCGCGAGAAGCGUCAUUAAUGCAGUAUUGCAGCGCAAUGGUACAACUACCGUCGACGCCAAGGCCGAUAUCGACAACAUGAUCGAGAGGUAUUCAGUCGGAUUGACAAACUAGUGUAUGUAGAAACUGAUACAUCCGAUGACCAUCUAGGGCUGGAUAAAGAGUUAUAUCAAAAGAUCUGCACGUCUGUCACUGUCAUCAUUCACAAUGCUUGGCGACUCGACUUUAACCUGGCGCUCUCGUCAUUCAACACUCAUGUGCGGGGAAUGCGGAAUCUCAU